CGACAGGGUGGGGGAAUGAGCUGAGGUGUAGUUUUGUUUAUAGGUUAGGUGCCGAGGAAUGACAAAUAGGUCGUCUCGAUGAGAAAGAAACGUAGAAAAUAUCGUGAAAAUGAACGCAGUUAUUGGGAUGUGCACAUUCUGUGAGGUGCAUGGACCGAGGGUCAUAUUUACGACGCAAACUUACAAAACUUACGACAAAGAUGAUAAAGAGAGCAGGAAGUUGAAGUUUUAUGGACCCAGAGAGAUUCUAGAGGAGACUGACAGGAGAAGGUUGACAGGUGCUGGAGGUCAGAGGAAGGAGUGCGAUGGAUGUGAGAGCCUAGGGAAUGUUAAGUACUUGAGCAAUGAUCAUGAGAGCAGAACGUCAUUCGUGUCUGCCAGACAGCCACUGACUGCGGACGUUACUAAUCUGCUUGCACAUGCUUGCAUCAGAAGCUUGAGCUGCGAACUUCAUCUGGGAAAAAAUGGAGUUUGUUAUUUUGGGGAUGAGGCGCGAGGUCAUGUGCUUAGUCAUGCCUUUACUCUGAAAGAUGCACAGGCUAGAGGUAUACGAAGAUCAUGCAGUUUCAUUGUUUUUAUGAAGGACAAACAAUUCUUGCUCAAUAUGUGGCCUUUUUUUGUGGAUAAUCUUCGGCAAGUUAUUAAAGAGCUUCAGGACUUUGCUGAGAAGAAGUAUAAUGCUGAUGAGAAAGCUAAUCCCCAAAGAGCUGCCAGACUAUCCUCAGCGAAUGGGGGACUACAUGCUAAGCGAGAAACUGCCAGAGGCAUGCCUAGGGGUUUGCCAGAAAUUACUAAUGAGAAACACAUUUUCGUUAGAAUCCACAUGUGGCUGGUCUGGAUCUUAAGUGCAGGUGCUCGACACUUCGUUGAGUCCUCAGCAACACUCGACAGUGCACUAUCAGGAUUUCUCAUCAGAUAUCAAGAUUUUACUGAAAAUCCCGAAUUUUCUGAGAUCUCAAAGAAAAAAUUUGUUACUACGAUUCUACGAGAAAUUUCACAGCAAAUGUCGAGGGAACACUUCAGACAACUUCUGUUUGCGUGUCUCACUGGGAUUCAGAUCGUUGUGAGAGGUCCAGAUAGCCAGGCACGAGAGAUUCUUUAUGCUUUGAGCUCUCUGAUUCCAAAGUCCUGCAGGAGGAUCCAAAUCGGCGCAGAGGAAUAUAAAGACAUUAAAGAAUGCAAUUUCCUGGGUGUUGAUACUCUCGUAGCCGUUCCAGUCCCGUCUCCCCAUAUCUGCAGACUCGACAUAAUCCCUGACGAGCACAAAACCACACACCCACGAUCUCCAAUUCUGAGGUGGACAGGAGAAUUGCCCCAAAAAUUGCCAACACUUGUGACUAAACUCGAAAAAUAUAUUUACAAUGAGAAACUCGAGCACAAUGUAUUACGAGCACAAUUUAUUGCUCUCCAGGAGGAAUGGGCGAAUAUCGCUAAAAUUGUGCAUGCAAUGCGAGGACGCGGCCACCAGGGCGAUCUCUCUGGUCUCAUCAUGAGUUUAGGUGCUGACAAACACGAUCUAGGACUGAUUGAUUCUUGGUCGAUGGGUCUUCCCUCAAAUCCUGCGUGAACUGAUGAAUAUAUAUAAAUUUUUUUCGUUUCUAUUCAUUCUUUUUUUUUAAUUUGGUUGUAAUUAUUUAUUGAAGAAAAAUAUGAUUUAAGAAUUGAGAAGGCAAAUUGUGCGAGCUUGUUAAUACUUUUUCUCACGUUGAUGCACACGUUGGAACUCUUGAUUAAAGUUGGUUUUAAAAAA